AUGGCAACAGUACCACUCAAGCACGAUAAACUCAAUGCGACUUUCCUCGGGAAAGUUGUAGAGAGUCACGGGGAGAAAAUCAAUGUUUUUCGUGGAAUCAAGUAUGCUUCCAUACCGGGACGAUUUGAGCUUUCGAAACCUGUCGAUGAUUGGGAGGGAAAAGAGGUCGAUGCGACGAAAUACGGCCCGCGUUGUCCCCAGGUGGAUAUCGAUGUGCGACAUCUACUCCGUCUACCAGAAGACUUUAAGAUUGAAGACGAACCAGAGGAUGAAUUUGAGUGUUUGAAUUUGGAAAUUGCCUGUCCUGCGAACAUAUCUUCGUCGAAGCCUUUGCCGGUUCUAUUGUGGAUUUAUGGCGGUUCACAGAUCGUGACUUAUUGUUCCGGCGCAUCUAAGAUUUGUGAUACUACUCGAAUAGUAGCCGAUUCCAUCAAAGCUGGAAAACCAAUCAUUGUUGUUUCCAUCAACUAUCGUCUCAACAUCUUCAAAUUCGGAGACGGCAAGGAGAAGAACCUCGAUGUUAAGGACCAAAGGCUUGGAAUCGAGUGGGUGAAGAAGUACAUUGCAGGAUUCGGUGGUGAUCCCGACAAUAUCACUCUAGCCGGAGAGAGUGCCGGCGCCAUCUACGUCCAUGUACACACAAUUACAGGACCGCCUGUAAAGAGAGCAGUUUUGGCUUCUGGGUCUCUGUAUCUUUCGUCUCCAUUGCCGGUGGAGAGAGGAGACGCUCUCAUUAAGAACCUGGAGGCAAAGACGCAGGAAUUUGAAGGCAAGACACUUCGUGAGGCUUCUGUUCCCGCGCUGCUGAAGGCUCUUACUGCCUGCAACGUCAAUACAAUGUGGCUUCAAGAAGAAGCGGAGCUGGAGAACUGGGAGUCCCGACCGGAGCAAGUGGAUGAGCUUAUGAUUGGCGAUGUUGAAUAUGAGUCUGUUAUCUGGCGAAAUGGGGUCGAGCUUCUCGACGGUCAGACUAUCACAGCCGCCUUUGAGCAGAACCCAGAAUGGGGCACCAAGCUCCGAAAGCUUUACCACGUCGUUCCGGACAGACCAACGGCUUGCAAACUGGGCGCAUUGGACCUCGUGAAUGAUGCCCGAUACACCCUUCCGGUAGAGCUCAUUUCGGAGAAAGUCCAAGCCGCAAAGAAGUCUGUCUACAGAUAUGUAAUCGACCAACCUAACCCUUUCCAGCCGUCCAGCAGAGCGCACCAUGCAGUGGACCUGCUCUUUCUCUUUGGGGGCGUGGACCUCUCGCACAACCCAUCUGCAGAGGCUGUCGGCCAAGAACUACGAAACCGCUGGAUACAAUUCAUCAACGGCGAAGCACCAUGGCCAACUGAGCGUAGGUUUGCAUUUGGGCCAUUGGGAGAAUGCAAGGAGAUCGACGAAGAGCAGUUUGCGGCGCGGCGAAGAGUCCCACAGGUAAAGGCUCUGAAGGAGGCUGGUACAGGCGUCUAUCUCCCUAUCGUAUUUGCGUUGACCGCAGGAAGGAUAAGCUUGUUGAAUUAG